AGAGGAAAAAAGGUUGAAAACACAAACAUCGCGCAUCGCAAAUACGAAACGGAGAACGGGUUUUCCUAUCGUCGCAAAAAGUUCUCGCUUUGAAAACGCAUUAUUUUUAUUUUUGAAAUUGAUAAAAACUGGAAAAAGGAAUACUAGGAAGAACUAGCAUACAAUUGAAGUAUUACUUUUAUUCGCCGUUUAUGUUAUCGAAAGGAUUAACAAGUGAAAAAAAAAUUGACUCCAUUGCGAGUCCAUUUUGGGAAAAGAUCCUACUUCAUCAGCUGUUUAUCUGCAAAAGUGGUGACGGUGUGUGCAUUGAGCAAUUAGGCAGAAAUUAUUGAGUAGGCGAAUUUGCGCAAACCACAUUUUUUUGUUAUUGUUAUCGAUAACCACAAUCAUAACAAAGAAAGUAGACAAGGUUACAACUCGACGGUGCAACAAACUCCGUUAUUCCGUUGUGGAAAAGAAACAUCAGAAUGAGUCUUUCGUCGCGUGCCGACAUUGACGCGGGUGGAUUUUUUGUCAAUUUCAAUCAGGAUUGCACUUCUUUGGCGGUCGGCUCAAAAAGUGGUUAUAGUUUGUUCUCAUUGAAUUCUGUCGAUGCCAGUCUAGAUCAGAUCUACAACAGUUACGGUGAAGAUAUUUGCCUAGUGGAACGAUUAUUUAGCAGUUCUCUUGUAGCUGUCGUCUCCUUAAAUGCACCCAGAAAACUUAAAGUCUGUCAUUUCAAGAAAGGCACUGAAAUAUGCAACUACUCGUAUUCGAACACAAUUCUGGCCGUCAAAUUGAAUCGAUCCCGACUGGUAGUCUGCUUGGAAGAAAGUCUGUACAUUCACAACAUACGGGACAUGAAAGUGGUUCACACGAUCCGAGACACUCCACCGAAUACCACGGGGUUGUGUGCCCUGGCUUCCGAUUCGGACCACUGCUACCUAGCGUACCCAGGAAGUGCCACCGUUGGGGAGGUCCAGAUUUUCGACGCAGUCAAUUUGCAUGCCAAGACGAUGAUUCCCGCUCACGAUUCACCGCUGGCAGCGAUUGCAUUUAGUCAGAUGGGAACGGAAGUGGCCACUGCUAGUGAAAAGGGUACUGUGAUCCGGGUGUUUUCGGUAAACGAUGGCUCAAAGCUGUUCGAAUUCCGUCGUGGUGUCAAACGUUGUGUAUCUAUCGCAUCGCUAGCAUUCAGCACAUGUUCGAAGUAUCUGUGCUGCAGCUCAAACACCGAAACGGUACACAUUUUUAAACUGGAACGUAACUCCCCGGAAAGCAACGACGAUCAAAGUGGCAAGGAUCACUGGAUGGGCUAUAUCAGCAAGGCGGUUUCCAGCUAUCUUCCACUGGCACUGCCAUCGCAAGUUACGGACGUGUUCACGCAAGGCCGGGCGUUUGCCUCCGCCGUACUUCCAGUCGCUGGGCUCAGACAUUCCUGUGUGAUCAACACAAUUCAGAAAGCCCUGAGACUCUUGGUCGCUUCACAAGAUGGCUACCUGUACGUGUAUCAGUUGCCCCUGGAGGGAGGUGAAUGCCAACUUAUCAAAAAGCACGAUCUCAGAAGCAUUGAACCCAUGAAUACCGUUCGACCAGAAUCAUUACCGAUUGGGGUUCCGACGACUUCACCCACGGGUGGCACCAGUUACGCGGCUACAGUCAAGGGCGGCUCGGUUCCAACCGUGACACCGACGAGCGGUGCUUCGAACAUCACAACCGGCUCCAACGAAGACGAACAGCACCAGCAAUGAAAUGGUACUAUUGUUUCUUUUCAGUAAUACAGGUUUUCGGCGAAAGAUGGACUAUGAGAGAGUGGAUUAUAUGGACCGAUUGACGAUGACGUGUGAGCGUGUGAUGUUGAUGAUUAUACCCAAAAAGUGAAAUAAUCAUUCAGAUCGGGGAUGAGUUAACAUAUCUAUGUUGUUCGGAUCCUGAUCGCAUACGCUGCGUUUCUUCACCCUUCGUAGGAUUCGGAAACAUUACAUCUUGAAUAGCAUAAGCUAUGGGCAGCAUGUAGUGUGUGGGUGUUAUUUCAUUUAAAUGGGGUAUUUAUAUUUUUUUAAAUAUGGAAUAUUAAUAUUAAUUUCAUGUAAUAAAUCUUUUAUUAUAGUUUUUAUCUUAUAUGAACAUUAUGGUUUUAUUUUAUUCAUCACAUUUUCAAAGAUUUUUCAAUAAGUAAAUCAAACAGAUAUAUUAUUUACAUGCAUGAUGGAUAGUGUCAAACAUUAUCUGCUAAUAGUUUCAUAUGACUGAUGCCGACGUUGUGAAAGCAAAUGUAAAAAAUAAUUAUAAGGGUUCAGUUACUCUUUUAUGACACAAGGCAGUAGAAAAUUUAGACGAAUUAAGUUGCAUUGUAUUCAAAACUGAUAAAACUGACAUUGGCCAUGCUAAAAAAGAACAUCAAUUAAUAGUAUGUUAACGCUGAUUGUCACAGAAUGUCAACCAAAUCGAUGUUUCGUGGACAAGCAUCAUUGGAAAUUUUACAGAACUUUCGAUAAAAUUAUUUUUGUUCUUAAUUGGUUGUUUUUCCAAGUAACAAUACAUGUCUCAUUUUACAGAAAAGAAAGAAAACUUUAUACCUACUCUUGAAGAAGAAUUAAAAGUUCAACAAAAAAAAAACUUUAAUUAUCUUCGGUGGGAUUACUUUAUUUUCUUACAUUACGUCUUUUAUUUAGCUCCGGCUUUAACUACAGCGAGUCGUACGCCGGGGGGAUAGUUCUGGACAAAUACCUACUUAUUGCGGGGUACUUGUUGAGAAAAUAGUAUUACAAAUCAAUUCAAAAUUGUAGCUGCCACUUGUAUGUUGCGGAAAUAAGUAACUGUAACUGAUAAAUAAAUUAAUAUUUCAGUCAAAUUUAAA